GGCGCGGCUGCACGGACGCGGGCCGGGCGCGCGGGCGGCGAUGACGGCCCGGCCAUGGCCCGGGCCAGCAGCUGCGGCGGCGACGCGGGGGGCUCGGGGCGGACGGAGCCGUGGGAGCUGUCCCUGGAGGAGGUGCUGAAGGCCUACGAGCAGCCGCUCAACGAGGAGCAGGCGUGGGCCGUGUGCUUCCAGGGCUGCCGCGGACUGCGGGGCGCGCCGGGCCGGCGCCUGCGGGACACCGGGGACCUCCUGCUGCGCGGGGACGGCUCUGUCGGGGCGCGGGAGCCCGAAGCCGCGGAACCUGCAACCAUGGUGGUGCCACUAGCCAGUUCGGAAGCCCAGGGCCGCCCGGUGACCGCGCCCCUGCCCGUCCCGCAGACCGUGCAGUCCCUGGGCUUUGCCAUCUACCGCGCGCUGGACUGGGGGCUGGACGAGAGCGAGGAGCGCGAACUCAGCCCGCAGCUGGAGCGGCUCAUCGACCUCAUGGCCAACAACGACAGCGACGACAGUGGCUGCGGCGCCGCCGACGAGGGCUACGGGGGCCCAGAGGAGGAGGAGGAGGCCGAGGGCGUCCCCCGCAGCGUGCGCACCUUCGCCCAAGCCAUGCGGCUGUGCGCAGCGCGGCUGACCGACCCUCGAGGCGCACAGGCGCAUUACCAGGCCGUGUGCCGCGCGCUCUUCGUGGAGACGCUGGAGCUGCGCGCUUUCCUGGCCAGGGUCCGUGAGGCCAAGGAGAUGUUGCAGAAGCUUCGGGAGGACGAGCCGCAGGCGGAGACACCGCAGGCUGAGCUUGACAGCCUGGGCCACACAGACUGGGCCCGACUGUGGGUCCAGCUCAUGCGGGAGCUCCGCCACGGAGUGAAGCUGAAGAAGGUGCAGGAGCAGGAGUUCAACCCCCUCCCCACUGAGUUCCAGCUCACGCCUUUCGAGAUGCUGAUGCAGGACAUCCGGGCCCGGAAUUACAAACUGCGAAAGGUCAUGGUGGAUGGGGACAUCCCGCCCCGGGUGAAGAAGGACGCUCACGAGCUCAUCCUGGACUUCAUCCGCUCAAGGCCUCCACUGAAGCAGGUCUCCGAGAGGCGGCUGCGCCCGUUGCCGCAGAAGCAGAGGUCCCUGCAUGAGAAGAUCCUGGAGGAAAUCAAGCAGGAGCGGAGGCUGCGCCCAGUGCGGGGCCAGGGCUGGGCCGCCCGUGGGUUUGGCUCUCUGCCCUGUAUCCUCAACGCCUGUUCUGGAGACUCCAAGUCCACCUCCUGCAUCAACCUGUCGGUCACAGAUGCUGGGGGUAGCGCCCAGCGCCUGAGGCCCCGUGUGCUGCUCAAGGCACCCACCUUGGCCGAGAUGGAAGAGAUGAACACAUCUGAGGAAGAAGAGUCUCCAUGUGCGGAGGUGACGCUGAAGCGGGACCGCUCCUUCUCAGAGCAUGACCUGGCCCAGCUGCGAAGUGAGGUGGCCUCUGGCCUGCAGCCGGCCACACAGCCCAAAGGAGGGACGGAGCCCCCACGGCACCGAGUGGGCAGUGCACGUGCAUUGAGUCCUGGCUCCCAAGACCAGGGUAACUAUCCCGCCAACCUCUCUGACCCCAGCCACCCACUACUCGGCAACCAGGGCUCCACGGGGGACAGACCCGAGGCCUCCAUGACACCCGAUGCCAAACACCUGUGGCUGGAGUUCAGCCACCCUGUGGAGAGCCUGGCCCUGACCGUGGAGGAGGUGAUGGACGUGCGCCGUGUGCUGGUGAAGGCCGAGAUGGAGAAGUUUUUGCAGAACAAGGAGCUCUUCAGCAGUCUGAAGAAGGGGAAGAUCUGCUGCUGCUGCCGGGCCAGGUUCCCGCUGUUCUCAUGGCCGCCCACCUGUCUCUUUUGUAAGAGAGCUGUCUGCACUUCCUGCAGCAUAAAGAUGAAGAUGCCUUCUAAGAAGUUUGCACACAUCCCUGUCUACACACUGGGCUUUGAGAGUCCUCAGAGGGUGUCGGCUGCCAAAACCACGCCAGUCCAGAGAAGAGACGUCUUCCAGUCUCUGCAAGGACCACAGUGGCAGAGCGUGGAGGAGGCGUUCCCCCACAUCUACUCCCACGGCUGUGUCCUCAAGGAUGUCUGCAGUGAGUGCAGUGGCUUUGUGGCCGAUGUGGUGCGCUCCAGCCGUAAGAGUGUGGACGUCCUCAACACCACGCCACGACGCAGCCGCCAGACCCAGUCCCUUUACAUUCCUAACACCAGGACUCUUGACUUCAAGUGACAGCACCAGCAGGCCAGGCCUCCAGGAGGCACCAGGCAGGCCCUGUUCCAGGCUAGGACGCGCUGAGCUGUGCAUGUACAUAUAUACAUAGAUAGAUUUAUAAUAUAUACACCCGGCCUAUAUAUUUAUAGACAUCAUUUCCUGGCCCCAGAGCUCAUACGGGUUCAGGCGCACUUCAGAACCCUCCCUCGGGGAGGCUGUUUCUUCUCAGGAUUCCUUGCCAGGGAGGAAUAGGGGAACAGGGAGUGGGUUUCCUCACUGAAGAGAGACAGCAGAGGGUUCUAGAUCCUGGCAGACUGCAUCCAAUGUUCCCAUUCUCUUCUCUGUUCCCAGCAAUGAGGACAGCAGCUUCCUCUCCCCAGUGGAUGUCUAGGUGGCGAUCGGGUAUCUUGGCUCCCAGCUGGUCCGGAGUGCCCUGCUCGCCUCUGCUCUCCCUUUGUAGAGACUUGGGCAGCACAUGGGAAGUGAGUGAGCAGGGUUCUCCUGGGAGGCACCCCCCCCCGCCCCGCCUCUGAAAGGUCUGGCCAGGUGUGGUGGCUCACACCUGUAAUCCCAGCACUUUGGGAGGCCGAGGAGGGAAGAUCGCCUGAGGUCAGAAGUUCAAGAGCAGCCUGGCCAACAUGAUGAAACCUUGCCUCUGCUAAAAAUACAAAAAUUAGCCGGGCGUGAUGGUGCACGCCUAUAAUCCUAGCUACUCAGGAGGCUGAGACAGAAGAAUCACUUGAACCUCGAAGGCGGAGGUUGCAGUGAGCCAAGAUCACACCACUACACUCCAGCCUGGGUGAAAGAGGGAAACUGUCUCCAAAAAAAAAAAAAAAAAAAAAAAGGUCCAUGCCAAGCUUCUCCCUCCCCUUUGCCUGGGGUCCACACCCCAGCUGUCCUGCCCCUUUGCCCUCCCACAUUCUGGUGCUGUCCUCACUCGCCUCAGGCUCAGAGGCUACUGAAGAUGCUGGGAGGUCCCAGUCCGGGGAGGAACAGCUCUGUCAAUCUGUGCACAUGGCCAGUCUUGGCCUAAUAAAGGAAGUUUCACACGUUC